GAUUUCAGGUUACUGUGAACAGACAGACAUACAUUCUCCUCAAAUCACUGUAGAAGAAUCAGUCAUCUUUUCUGCUUGGCUUCGUCUACCAAAAGACAUUGGCUCAAAGACUAAAUAUGAAUUUGUGAAUGAGGUUCUUGAAACAAUUGAGGUAGAUGAUAUUAAAGACGCAUUAGUCGGUAGACAGGGAGUUGAUGGGCUGUCAACCGAGCAAAGGAAACGGCUGACAAUUGCUGUAGAGCUUGUAGCGAAUCCCUCCAUUUUAUUUAUAGAUGAACCAACUUCAGGACUUGAUGCUAGAUCAGCUGCAAUUGUCAUGCGAGCUGUCAAAAAUGUUGCUGAAACAGGAAGAACUGUUGUUUGCACUAUCCACCAGCCCAGCAUUGAUAUAUUUGAGGCAUUUGAUGAGCUAAUGCUAAUGAAAAAGGGAGGAAAACUAAUUUAUUCUGGACCACUGGGACAGCAUUCAAGAAGAGUUAUUGAAUAUUUUGAGAAAAUUCCCGGUGUUCCAAAAAUUAAACAUAAUUACAAUCCUGCAACAUGGAUGCUAGAAAUUACUUCUGCAUCUGUAGAGGAACAACUCGGCAUUAAUUUUGCACAAAUCGACAGAGAGUCAACCAUUUACAAUGAUAACAAAGAGCUAGUUAAACAGUUAAACACACCAACACGAGGUUCAAGAGAUUUACAUUUUCCUACUCGUUUUCCACAAAAUGGUUGGGAGCAAUUCAAAGCUUGUCUGUGGAAGCAACACUUGUCAUAUUGGAGAAAUCCUUCAUAUAACUUGCUCCAGUGGAUUUUUAGUAUUUUAUCUGCUGUGAUAUUGGCAACAUUGUUUUGGAAGCAUGGACAGACAUUAAACAAUCAGCAAAGCUUGCUCAACAUCCUUGGCUCACUGUAUGGCGCAAUAAUGCUGAAUGGCUACAACAACGGCUUAUCAGUGAUUCCCUUUGUGGUAACUAAGCGGGAUGUUCUCUACUGUGAAAAAUAUUCAGGAAUGUAUUCUCCAUGGGCAUAUUCCCUUGCACAGGUGGUAAUUGAGAUCCCUUAUAUAUUCAUCCAAGUAUUGUCAUUCAUGAUUGUGGCGUACCCAGCAAUAGGCUACUACUGGUCAGCUUACAAAUUCUUAUGGUUCUUCUACGCCAUGUUCUGCGCAUUGCUCUGCUACGCUUACCUUGGAAUGUUUGUUGCUUCAUUGACUCCAAAUGUUAAAAUGGCGACCAUAGUCUCAUCGUUCUUCUUCCAAAAUUUCAAUCUAUUCUCUGGUUUCAUUAUUCCAGGCCCACGUAUUCCAAAGUGGUGGAUUUGGUUUUACUACUUCACACCCAUGUCCUGGGCAUUGAAUGCUAUCUUCUCUUCACAAUAUGGAGAUAUUCAGGAGGAGAUACAAGAGUUUGGGAAAACCAAAACAGUGGCCAUUUUUCUCCAGGAUUACUUUGGAUUUCACCAUCAUCAGCUUGGUUGUGUGGCACUUGUUCUUCUUGCAUUCCCUCUCUUGUUUUCUUCUCUUUUUAUUUAUUGUAUUGGGAAACUCAACUUUCAACGGAGUUUGUUGCAUAGUACUCCAAUCUCAAAUUCAACAGAACUCACAGAAGCCUUUAUUUGAAAGAUAUAAAGAAAGAAUAAAAACCAUACUGGAGUCCAUGGUGGUUGCAAGAACCAGAGAAAACCAAAUCUGAGAUACGGACAAACAGAUCCAACCAACCUGUUUGCAUUGUGCUGCAACUAAUGUCCUCCAUGUCACACACCUACAUUAUAUAAGUUGUUCAAAUUAGAGAGAAGAGAGGAUCAGCAUUAUCAUCUAAUUAAUCAUCAGCAUGGAGUUUGAAGAGAUAGGAACAGAAAACAGGCUCUCUUUGCAUCUCCCUGCAGCUCCUUACAUAAAUAAUAUUAAUGGUCAUGAUGAUGAUGAUGAUGAUGAUCCUGAUGGAGAUAUAAGAAGAAGAACAACAACAGCAAUAGUGUCUGAUCAGAAAGAGUUUAAUGAAGUUGAUCAUGAUGUCACCACCAAACUUGGAGCUGCAGGAGAUAAGAGACUCUUCAUUGAUAGUCUCAUCAAACACAUUGAGAAUGAUAAUCUCAGGCUGUUGCAUAGACAGAAACAGAGAACAGAUAGGGUGGAUGUGAAGGUCCCUAGUAUUGAGGUGAGGUACAGUAACUUAAAUGUGGAAGCAGAGUGUGAAGUGGUUGAAGGAAAACCUCUGCCAACUCUAUGGAAUGCAACCAAAGGGUUUUUCUCUGGGUUUCUAAGGUUAACAGGUUUAAACCAUGAAAAUGCAAAGAUUAUCAUCAUCAAAGAUGCUAGUGGCGUCAUCAAGCCUUCCAGGAUGACCUUGUUACUUGGUCCUCCAGGAUGUGGAAAAACCACUUUCCUUCUGGCCCUUGCUGGGAAACUGGAUAAAUCCCUCCAGGUUAGAGGGGAAGUUUCCUACAAUGGCUUCAAACUGGAGGAAUUUGUUCCUGAGAAAACAUCUACUUAUAUCAGUCAGCAUGAUUUGCAUAUUCCUGAGAUGACUGUCAGGGAGACACUGGACUUCUCUGCAUGGUUUCAGGGUGUUGGUAGCAGAGCAGAAAUCUUGAAGGAAGUUGUUAAAAGGGAGAAACUAAAAGGAAUUGUCCCUGAUCCAGAGAUUGAGCAAUAUAUGAAGGCGGCAGCUUCUGUGAAAGGACUAGCAACAAGUAUUCAGACUGAUUAUGUGAUGAAGAUCAUGGGAAUGGAUAUAUGCGCAGAUAUAAUGGUUGGAGAUGCUAUGAGAAGAGGUAUUUCUGGUGGUCAGAAGAAACGACUGACCACAGCAGAGGCGAUUGUUGGACCAACAAAAGCUCUCUUCAUGGAUGAAAUCUCAACUGGAUUAGAUAGCUCCACCACAUUCCAGAUUGUCACUUGCCUCCAACAAAUGGCUCACAUUACCGAAGCUACUAUUGUCAUAUCCCUCCUUCAGCCUGCACCUGAAACCUAUAAUCUUUUUGAUGACAUUAUUUUGAUGGCAGAGGGUAAGAUUGUUUACCAGGGCCCUUGCGAUCAAGUUCUUGCUUUCUUUGAAGAAUGUGGUUUCAGAUGUCCAGAUAGAAAAGGAGAAGCUGACUUUCUCCAGGAGGUUCUAUCUAGAAAUGAUCAGCAGCAGUACUGGUUUCAUCCGCAAGAAAGCUACACUUAUGCUUCCGUUGAUGAUUUCUGCAAGAAAUUUAGAUCAUUUAAUGUAAGCAAGAUGUUGGAAGAGGAGCUAUCAAAGCCAUAUGAUAAGUCACAAUGCCCUGAAAAUGCCCUUUCAUUCAACCGAUAUUCUCUGCCUAAAGGGAAACUGUUAAGAGCUUGCAUGGCCAGGGAGUUACUUCUCAUGAAGAGGAAUUCACGUCUUUACAUUUUCAAAAUCUUUCAGUUUGCCAUUGGGGCUUCCAUCAGUAUGUCUGUUUUUUUGCGAACGGGCAAGAGACUUGAUAUUGAGCAUGCUAAUUACUAUAUGAGUUCCUUAUUUUUUUCCCUUAUCUUAACUAUGGUCAAUGGGCAUCCAGAGAUGGCCAUGACAGUGUCGAGGCUUCCAUGUUUCUAUAAACAAAGAAAUUUGUGUUUUUAUCCAGCAUGGGCAUAUGCCAUUCCAGCUGCCAUUUCAAAAAUUCCAAUAUCACUGAUAGAAUCUUUAAUUUGGACAUCAGUGACUUACUAUGGUGUUGGUUACAGUCCUGAAGCAAUAAGGUUCUUUCGUCAAUUCGUCAUCCUCUUGGUUACCCAUCAAAUGGCCCUGUCUCAGUUUCGAUUUUUCGCUUCGUAUUAUCAGACUAUAGUGGCUUCCACUGUUAUUAGCUCUUUGGUAUUGAUGGUGAUGUUAACAAUUGGUGGCUUUAUUCUCCCUAAAACCUCCAUACCAGGUUGGUUGAAAUGGGGAUUUUGGGUGUCUCCAAUGACAUAUACAGAGAUAGGAUUGACAGUUAAUGAGUUCCUUGCACCAAGAUGGCAAAAGAUAUCAGCAGGAAACUUAACAAUUGGUAACAUUGUUCUGAGUAACCAUGGAUUGGAGUUCAAGAGCCACUUUUAUUGGGUAUCAGUGGGGGCAUUGCUUGGGUUUGCUUUGCUUUUCAAUUUAGGAUUCAUUUUAGCUUUAACUUUCAGAAGAUCUGUCGGGAAGUCUCGUUGUAUUAUUUCUCGUGAGAAGCUUUCUGAGAUAAAUGGCGACAAUGAUAUUCACAGUGCAGCCACCACAUUUCCUGAAAGUGGCAAAGAGGCAAAAAAUAAGGGAAGGAUGAUGGUCUUGCCUUUCCAACCCCUUGCAAUGACAUUUCAGGAUAUCAGUUAUUAUGUUGAUACACCUCUGGAAAUGAGAGAACAAGGAUAUGCCCACAAAAAGCUCCAAUUGCUGAAGAACAUCACUGGAGCAUUCAGGCCUGGUAUUCUGUCAGUUUUAAUGGGUGUCAGUGGAGCUGGGAAAACUACACUGCUGGAUGUUCUUUCUGGAAGGAAAACAGCUGGUUUUAUUGAAGGAGAUAUUAGAAUUGGAGGAUAUCCUAAAAUACACAAGACUUUCGCUAGGAUUUCAGGCUACUGUGAACAGACUGACAUACAUUCUCCUCAAAUUACUGUAGAGGAAUCAGUGAUCUUUUCAGCUUGGCUUCGUCUGCCAAAUGAAAUUGACUCAAAGACAAGAUCUGAAUUUGUGAAUGAGGUUCUUGAAACAAUUGAACUCGAUAGUAUCAAAGAUGCAUUAGUUGGCAGACAAGGGGUGAACGGCCUCUCUACUGAGCAAAGAAAACGACUAACUAUUGCCGUGGAGCUUGUAGCAAAUCCUUCCAUUUUAUUUAUGGAUGAACCGACAUCAGGGCUUGAUGCCAGGGCAGCAGCAAUCGUCAUGCGUGCUGUGAAAAAUGUUGCUGAAACUGGAAGGACUGUUGUUUGUACCAUCCAUCAACCCAGCAUUGACAUAUUUGAGGCAUUCGACGAGCUAAUGCUAAUGAAAAAGGGAGGAGAACUCAUCUAUUAUGGGCCACUUGGUCGGCGCUCAAGUAAAAUUAUUGAAUAUUUUGAGAGGAUUCCUGGAAUUCCAAAAAUCAAAGAGAAUUACAACCCUGCAACAUGGAUGUUGGAAGUUACUUCAUCAUCUGUUGAGGCACAGCUCAGUGUAAAUUUUGCACAAAUCUAUAGAGAGUCAACUCUAUACAAUGACAACAAGCUUCUAGUUAAACAGUUAAGCACACCAGCACCAGGUUCAAGAGACUUGCAUUUUUCUACUCUCUUUCCACAAAAUGGCUUGGGCCAAUUCAAAGCUUGCUUGUGGAAGCAAUACUUAUCCUACUGGAGAAGUCCUUCCUAUAACUGUGUGCGGCUGAUAUAUGUUCUCUUCUCCUCUGUCUUAUGUGCGACAUUGUUUUGGAAGAAAGGAAAGACAAUAAAAAAUCAGCAAAACUUGUUCAACAUACUUGGCUCAAUGUACAUUUCAGCAUUGCUGAACGGCAUCAACAACUGCGUGCUUGUGAUGCCUUUUGUGGUGACCGAGAGGGCUGUUCUUUAUCGUGAAAAAUACGCAGGAAUGUAUUCUUCAUGGGCAUACUCUCUUGCUCAGAUGGUCAUUGAGAUCCCUUGUGUAUUCAUCCAAGUAUUGCUGUUCAUGAUAAUCGCUUACCCCGCAAUAGGCUACUACUGGUCAGCUUACAAAUUCUUGUGGUUCUUUUAUGCCAUGCUGUGCUUGUUGCUCAGCUUCGUCUACCUUGGAAUGCUUUCUGUUUCAUUGAGUCCAAAUAUUCAAGUGGCCUCCAUAGUCUGCUCUUUCUUCUUUCAAAAUUUAAAUCUCUUCUCUGGUUUCAUAAUUCCUGGCCCACAUAUUCCAAAGUGGUGGAUUUGGUUUUACUACAUGUUACCUUUGUCUUGGGCAUUGAAUGGUUUUUUCACUUCACAAUAUGGAGAUAUUCAGGAGGAGAUACAAGUGUUUGGAGAAACCAAAACAGUGGCCCUUUUUCUCCAAGAUUACUUUGGAUUUCACCAUGACCAUCUUGGACUGGUGGCCUUGGUUCUUCUUGUCUUCCCUUUGAUGUUGGCUUCUCUUUUUGCUUGUUGCAUCGAGAAACUCAACUUCCAGAGGAGAUGACGUGGAUGUGAAGCUCCCAAGCAUUGAGGUAAGGUACAGUAAGUUAAGUGUGGAAGCUGAGUGCCAAGUAGUUGAAGGAAAACCUAU